GUGGAUGGAGAUGGAGUUCGACUGCGAGAGUCUCAGGCGGCUCCUGGGCAAGGUGCAGGCAGCCCGCCGGACCGGGUCUGAGGGUCCGGGGUGUCGGAGCUGAGCUAUCUCCUCGUGGGGGUUCCCAGACUAGUCGCGGCGAUUGGAGCGGAGGUGGGCUGGCCAGAAGCCGGCUCUGGGGAGUGGUCCCUGGGAGGCCGCGGGCUUCUCCCUCGGGAGCCCUACAUCCCUCGGGUCGGGGCUGUGGCUCCGCCCACGACUCCGAAACCCCUGCCCUCCACGCGGUGUGAGUUCUCACGCCACCAGCGUUUCGGCGACUUAGCUCCCAGCGCUCGCCAGUGCCUUUUAACCACGCCUUUCUCUGUGUUGAAAUGGCCUGCCCCCCCCCCCUUUUUUUUGCUUUGCAAUCUUCCCUUCUGAGACUCAGCUCAGAUGUCACUCCCUGCAAGAUGGAAUCACGCCCUUCGCUCCGCUUGCCUUCAGAAUACAAGUUCAGAGAUCUAACUGUGGAAGAACUAAAGAAUGUAAAUAGGUUUUUCCCACAUUUCAGAUAUUCCAUGGACACCUAUGUGUUCAAAGAUAGUUCCCAGAAAGACCUGCUGAAUUUCACUGGCACUAUUCCUGUGAUGUACCAUGGAAAUACAUACAACAUACCAAUUCGUUUGUGGAUCUUGGAUUCCCACCCUUUUGCUCCCCCCAUUUGCUUCUUAAAGCCAACUGCAAAUAUGGGUGUCUCAGUUGGAAAACAUGUGGAUGCUCAAGGCAGAAUAUACUUGCCCUAUCUUCAAAACUGGAGCCAUCCUAAGUCUGUCAUUGUUGGACUAAUUAAAGAAAUGAUUGCCAAGUUUCAAGAGGAACUUCCCCUGUAUUCUCUACCGUCGUCUGAUGAGGCACGGCAGGUAGACUUGCUAGCCUAUAUUGCAAAAAUCACUGAAGGUGUCUCAGACAUAAAUUCAAAGAACUGGGCAAAUCAUGAGCAUAAAACAGUCAAUAAAAUUACUGUGGUUGGAGGUGGAGAACUGGGAAUUGCCUGCACAUUAGCAAUCUCAGCAAAGGGCAUUGCAGACAGACUGGUCCUCUUGGACCUCUCAGAAGAGACGAAAGGAGGAGUGAUGGACCUUGACAUCUUUAACCUGCCUAAUGUGGAGAUCAGCAAAGAUUUGUCUGCCUCUGCUCAUUCCAAGGUGGUGAUCUUCACAGUCAACUCUUUGGGUAGUUCUCAGUCCUACCUUGAUGUGGUACAAAGCAAUGUGGAUAUGUUCAGAGCCCUUGUCCCAGCUCUGGGACACUAUAGUCAACAUGGUAUCCUGCUUGUUGCAUCUCAACCAGUGGAAAUCAUGACUUAUGUGACGUGGAAACUGAGUGCAUUUCCUACAAAUCGAGUGAUUGGAAUUGGAUGUAAUCUGGAUUCACAGAGAUUACAGUACAUUAUUACAAAUGUUUUGAAGGCACAAAUGUCAGGAAAACAAGUAUGGGUUAUUGGUGAGCAGGGAGAAGACAAAGUGCCCACAUGGGGUGGCCAAGAAGAAGUGAUGAGUCAUAACUCUCAAGUGCAGUUGUCCAACAGAGCCAUGGAGGUGUUACGGGUAAAAGGUCAAAGAUCCUGGUCUGUUGGACUAUCAGUGGCUGACCUGGUUGACAGUAUUGUAAAUGAUAAAAAGAAAGUACAUUCUGUAUCAAUUUUAGCAAAGGGAUAUUAUGAUAUAAACAAUGAAGUGUUUUUAAGUUUGCCUUGCAUCCUUGGAUCCAGUGGAGUAUCUGAAGUCAUCCAAAGCACAGUGAAGGAAGAUACAGCAACUGAGAAACUCCAAAGCAGUGCAUCAUCAAUCCAUGGUCUCCAACAACAGUUAAAACUUUGAUCCUAAAGUACAGAGUUACCUGAAAGGAAAGGUCAUUUAAUUUUGCCAACACAUACAGGGUUGAGAACUUCUGUAUCUUAUUAGUUACCCUUACAAACUGCUUGGUUAAGGUAGACGGUUUCCAGUUAGCACUGUAAUUUGAAUCCUUAGGGAGUUAGAUAAGGAGGGGGAAGAAAUCUAACAUUCUUUGUCGUUCUUGAGAUAUCUAAACUGUUCUUUAAAUCUAUAGAAGAUGUAGACAUUCAUCUACAAUCUACAAUAUGCAUCAUUUAAAUUUAUGGGUCCUCAUCUAAAAGCACAUUCAGCACUUUGGGAAUAUUUUGAAAGUAAUAUACUUUUAAAAGAAAAUUACUCUUUAUUACAAUAAACAUGAUAAGCUGAAGGUCCAGUAUUGGUUUACAGAAUCUGUGCUGGGUGUGCUUUCAAGAGAUCCACAGCUUAAGGUAUUGUUUCUUCUUUAAAAUAAAUCGGUAGUAAUAGGAAAGCAUUUUGUUUUCCCUCUUUAAAUUAAUUAGCUACCCCUGGGUGUCUCGGUUGGUUAAGCCUCCAACUCUUUAUUUCAGCUCAGGUCAUAAUCUCCCUGUUCAUGAGAUCAAGCCCCACAUCAGGCUCUGUGUUGAUGGUGCAGAGCCUGCUUGGGAUUCUCUCUCCCUCUCUCUCCCUGCCUCUCUCUCUCAAAGUAAAUUUUAAAACCUUAAAAAAAAUUAACUAGCUACUGAAAAGUAAAAAAAAAAAAGAAUUUUAUGUGCAUUUUAAAAUAUUAAAAGGGAAGGUAAAAUUUUUAUUAUUUGAAGAAAAAGCAAUUUCCAGUGGGACUGUCCUUUUUGAAAUUUUCUAUAACCUCUUCUUGGGAUAUAUAAUAGAUCUCUAACAUCUCAAAAACCAACUAUACUGCUAGUAGCAUAGAGAAAUGUGUAUUUAAAAAAAAUUUUUUUUAAGUUUAUUUACUUUUGAGAGAGAAAGACCGAGCAUGAGCAGGGGAGGGGCAGAGAGAGACAGACUCAGAAUCCAAAGCAGGUUCCAGGCUCCAAGCUGUCAGCACAGAACCCUACUCAGGGCUCAAACUCACAAACUGUGAGAUCAUGACCUGAGCCGAAGUUGGACGCUUAACCAACUGAGCCACCAAGGCGCCCCGAGAAAUAUGUAUUUUUAGUGGAAACAGAUUAUGAAUAAACGCCAAGCAAUUUAAGUUUAAAAUAUGAGGCUUUCCUGAAAACCAUUAGUCGUAAGGGGAAGAGGAUGGAUGGACUGGCUAUUCUGAGCAAAUCCUUCAACCCCUCCUGAAGAAAUGAUUCAGAGCACAUAUGCCUUGGUGAUGGGUCAGUAACUGUAUCUUCGUAUAUGAAAGGUAGCAUAUUAUUACAGACGUAACACACAACUAAUUAGUAACAACUAAUACCCAACACAUUUCAGGUAGUGUGAUGAGCAUUUUAUUAUUUUAUUGAAUCCUGAAAAUAAUCCACUGGGGUUGGUUUUAUCAUUUUAUAGAGGAGAAAAUUGAGGUUUAGUGCCCAAGGUGUCACAGCCAAGAGGCACUUAAACACAUAGCCUCUACUUUUUCUAAGCACUAGAAGGAAAAGCCUAACAGCCAAAAUAGUUACCACAAGACCAUAAAGCUGGGGUUCUAUACACUAUAGAAGGCUUACUUCUAUUCUCAUGUAGAGGCUGACUUCAUUUUUAUUCCAACAGAGUUUUUUGAAGAUUGAUUCCCUGACUUCCCAUACUUGCCCUCAGCAAAUAGCAGAGAGGAGUAUACGAUGAAAUAGGCGUUCAUUUAAUCAUUUAUAUAGUAUUGCCUGGAAGCCUACAAUACACCAGGCACCAUACUGGGCACUGCAAAUAUAGUGGUGAGCAAACCUGGACUAGGUACAAGCCAUCAUGGUCCAUACAAUCUAGUAUGGGAGACAUUGUAAUCAAAUCUCACAAAUAAAUGUACAAUUGCAAGCGUAAUAAGUACUGUGAAGAAAUUCCCAGUGCUUUGAAAGCAUAUAAUAGGCAAAUCCAAAGCUGGUCGAGAGAUAGGAGCCCAGUAGGGCAGACACAUCCUAGUUAAAAAGAAUCAAACUAAUUCUGAUUUAGUAUAGUAAUGAAUGCUUGUAACAAUGAGCUUAAAUCAUAAAGAUAAAGUGAAAUUAUACCCAGUGUCCCAUGUUUAAGAAUGUAGAAGAGUAUUUAAUAUGUUUGGAAAGAUUCCCACCAGAAUUAAUUGGGAUAUAAACCCUUGGAUGUUUGAAGAGAUAAGCAUUAGUUCUGUGUAAGUUCACUACAUGGGUAGAUUAUUUUGGUGUCGCUCUUAACAGUGUAUUCUCACUAUCCUUUUGCACAAAAUAGGGAAGUAAGACUAAAAGAACCAUUUGUUGUAUUUUUUAAACUAGCCUUUUCUAGUAUCUGUGAUCUAAUUAGAAAUUAGAUAAUUUCUACUAUCUAAUUUCUAAUACCCUCUUGAACAACAACCUAACUGCAGGAUACUGUGUAAUAGAUCAAUUACCAGGAGUUCACCAUGUUAAUUGCAAAUUAAGGUCAAUGCAAUGCAACAAACAAUUACUGAGCAUCUACUCUUAUUCCAAAUACUGUGUUAGAAUUUGAGUACUCAAAGUUGAGUAAUAGUCCUUGCCCGACAGAAGCCCACCUUAUAGAAAUAAUUCUGUCAGUUAUUUCCUUAAGUGUUGACUAUUAGCAGUUGUGUUGUAGGUUUCAUAUGUAAGUCAAGAAACGGUACCACCACAUUACCUUGCUAUGAUUUGGUGAUAAUUGCCAGUCACGGUUGUGGUAUUAACGUUCACUUCUUAAUUUUUCAGAAGUCAUGCAGUGUCUUCUUCUUACGAUUUUUAGUGGGGCUUGGAUUAAAAUGCUUCUUUGAUUUUAUAGUGCAGAGAUUAAUAUUUUCCAGUUUACAUUGUAGUUUUCCUCAAAUAUCAAAAACAAUGAAUAAAAUAAACUUUGACUUUAAAAUCACCCAAAGAUGCCUAAUUUAUUGAGUGGAAGGAAAUUUAUGCAGAUUGAGGAGAAAGUUUCUUUUAUAUACUUUAUGCAGUACCCAGGAUAUUUAAGUGGCUUAAGUGCAAAAUUAAGAGACUAGCUUUUGUUAAUUGUUUUACAACUUUUAAAAAUUACUUUUAGCAAGAAAACUUUUUUUUUUAACGUUUAUUUAUUAUUGAGAGACAGAGCAUGAGCAUGAGCAUGGGAGGGGCAGAGAGAUGGGAAGACACAGAAUCCGAAGCAGGCUCCAGGCUCUGAGCUGUCAGCACAGAGCCCGAUGUGGGGCCGGAACCCACAAACCGCAAGAUCAUGACCUGAGCGGAAGUCGGACGCUUAACCGACUGAGCCACCCAGGCGCCCCCAGCAAGAAAACGUUUUAAACAAUGUAUUACCUGCACCCUCCCAGUUGAUAAAGUGCAGUUACUUUGAGGGUACUCCUGAGUAAGCUAUGGCUUUAAGACCACUUUGGAAACUACUUUGCUUUUAAGUGACAUAAACGGUGCAGUGGAAGGAUAGACUGCCCUAUAAUUUGGUUUGACUGGUGCUGUAUGCUUAACUAACACAUGGUGUCCAUAUCCAAAACAAUAAUACCUAUUGGGAUAGCCUGUGCAUGUGUCUGUUGGCAAUAAUUUAAAAUGAUACGUCCACAUGGUUUCAAUUAUGCCCUCUGUGUUUGUGACCUCACUUAGAUGCCAAUUUAAAAGAGAAUUAAGAGUGCCUGGGUGGCUCAAUCGGUUAAGCGUCCGGCUUAGCUCAGGUCAGGAUCUCAAGGUUGGUGAGUUCCAGCCCCGCAUUGGGCUCUGUGCUGACAGCUUGAAGCCUGGAGCCUACCUUAGAUUCUGUGUGUGUGUCUCUCUCUCUCUGCCCCUCCCCCGCUCACACUCUGUCUCUCUCUCUCUCUCUCUCUCAAAAAUAAACCGUAAAAAAAAAAAAAAAUUAGAAGGGAAUUAAUACCACAGCCUGUUCCUCACUGGCACUAAGCUAAAAUCGCCCAAAUUAUCAUACUUCAUGUCAUCAAACCCGAGCUUUAAAAUAGCUUGAGAGGACAACAGCGUUACUGGUGGGGUGUUGAGUGAGGGGAUGGGCUAAAUGGGCGAUGGGCAUUAAGGAGGGUACUUGUUGGGAUGAGCACUGGGUGUUAUGUGUAAAUGAUGAAUCACUAAACUCUAUUCCUGAAAUCAUUAUUACAUUAUAUGUUAACUAAUCUGGAUUUAAAUAAAAAUAAAUAAUAAAUA